CUACGCAUGCAGGCACAGCUAAUUAUAUAUAUUAUUCCUCAAGUUGAUCGUUAAUUAUGUUGCAUAACGUGGUGCCACUCCAUAUAUAAGUACAACAGAUUAGGAGUAACCUUAUCGCCAUAGCCAGACAAUUAGCUUCCUUCUCGAUCCAUCCAGCAACUGCUAGGAAUUGAGAAGUUGCAGUUAAGCAAACCAGCUUCCAUAAUUUGUUCAGAACUUCAGUCUUCAGAUACAAGAUCUAGCUAGAAAUUAGCAGAGCUAGCUAGAUAAUUAGGGAUGCAAGGAGAAGAGAUGAAGCAUGACCACCACCACAACAACGGAUAUCUUCCUCAAUCUUCACCUUCUGAUCACCCCUCUCUCGUCUGCAACCACCAGUCGGCGAUAAAGGAGAUCGCCAGGGAGCAGUCUCUGGUGACGCAGCUGCGAGCCAUCGUCCUUCCUGCGCUGCAGGCGGACGAACGCUCUGAGCUUGUCGCCCAGAUGCUCCAGGGCAUAUUGGAUUGCUCCAGCAAGGCCAUAGCCGAGCUGCAGCUUCAUCAGUUAGAAGCUCGAGCUGAUGAUGUGCUGGUUGAUGACAAGAAGAGAGUAAGGAGGAAUUCUGAUGACUGCACCAGCAAGGAGGAGGAUGCUAAACCCCAUCAUCAGCACAAGAGAAGGAGAUUUUCUGACUCAGUGUCACUUAAAACGCCCGUUCCGCACUACGAUGGCCACCAAUGGAGGAAAUAUGGGCAGAAGAACAUCAAUAAAACAAAACACCCAAGGAGCUACUACAGAUGCACCUACAGAAAGGAACAAGACUGCAAAGCAACAAAGACGGUCCAGCAACAAGAUGACAGCAUUGGUGCUGAUCAUUCCGUCAUGUACACGGUCGUCUACCACGGCCAGCAUACUUGCAAGGACAAAAAUGGCGUUGAUUCAGGCCCCAAUGACUCUGAAACAAACACCCGGAGGAGCAGCGAUCUUGUAUGCUGCGACAGCCAAUCCAGCAUAUCGGCCAAUUGUUCAGAUCCCUAUGACCAUCAGACAUACCUAGAUGGUAAUAAGCUGCUAGACACAUCUGCAGACUUGAUCACAAAGAACAACAUGUCUGAGCCAUUCGACAUGACUGCGUUUUCACUCUUGGAUUUGGACAGUUGGGAGUUGGACGCACUCCUAAGAUCCGGAGCCUGAUAAUUAAGAUAUCGACGAACAGGCUAGUGAGCAAUUGAUAAUUUGAUACGUUAUGAAGAGAGAUAAUAAGGUAUAUCUCACCAGAAGCUUUGUC